AGCAUAUGAUAUGAAAGAUAAAGAUUCUGAUGAAUGGCCAGAUGCUGUUAAAGUUUGGAAGUUAUCACGACAAAGACCAAAUGGAACUUGGGUUGUUCCAAAUGGUGAAGAAAUAAUGGACAAACUUCAAAAAGAGGGUGAAAAGAAUAGAGAAAAGAUUUCAUCUGCACCUUUACCACUCGUUGAGCAUUUUGGUCUUGUUUUAGAAAGAAAGUCAAGUUACUCACGUGGUUUAGGUCUUAAAGGGAUAACAUCUACAUUUCAACAAAACAGUCAAAUUUUAGUAGAAGCUGAGGCUGCAAAAAAGCGUGCAAAUGAUUUAGAUGAUGAGGUUGCUAGACUAAAUGAAAUCACAAAAAACCAAGAAGAGAAGAUUCAAGCUCAACACGUAGCUAUUGAGAAGCAAGCCAUGGAAAUGAAACAAGUUUCAACUAUUUUUGCGCAUUUGGGAGAUAGUGGAUUAAUUCCUAGUAUCUUACUCAAUCCAUCUACCCCAAUUGGACAUCCAUCAACUAGCCCAACAUCAAGUGCCCCAACUAGUCAUGUAACUAUAAAAUUUUAUAAAAUGUUAAAUAGAAUCAAAUGCAUAGGGAGUGCCUCAUCUUGGAGAGUAGUUUAG